AGUCACAUAUUGCAGGCUUUGUCUGGAGAUACGUACAGGAAAGUGGGAAGUUUAAAGCUUGGUUUCAAUGUAAUCCAUAAAUGGGUUCCAGGUAUUCUCAAAGUUAUCUGGGGAGCCUCGUAACAUAAAUCUCAAUUUCUCAAGUUUAAGGUGUUGCCUCACAUCUCUCAGCCACUGAGUCCAGCUAGCUGACCGAGGAUUCUUCCAAUUGAGGAGGAUCAAUCUCCGUGCUAACAGGCCAAGCACAGUGUUGCAAUGGAGGGAAGUGAGUCAACAGCUAGAGAGAGGACAACAGGAACUGGGAGUCAGGUGGCAGAGCAGAAGCUGCUGAGUUCCACCAAGCCCCUGUAUCGCUUCACCCGAAAGGAGCCCAGAAGUCUUGGGAUUGUCAUUGUGAUGUUCGGCUGUGCAGAGAUCCUGAUGGGAUUCAAUCUGAAACAAGAAGAGUGGAGCACUUCUUGUGUCCUCUUCAUCCCCUUCUGGCAGGGAGCUCUGUUUCUUGUGUGUGGAAUCCUGUCUAUCUACACUGACAUUCAUCCAUCCAAGAAGAUGCUGACUGUGUGUUUGGCCAUGUAUGGGGUUUCACUUUUCGGGAUCGGGAUCUCUGUUGGCUACAGGAUAUACCUCAUGUGCUAUUAUAGCUUUAGCUACAUGGUAUACCGAAGCAGAGCCAGGGGGGAGGAGCCUAGCAGAGUGGACCUGGUUCGAGGUGUUGAAUCCAUUUUGUUGAGCUCCUCUCUGUGUGUGUCAGGGCUCCUCAUCUUCUUGUGUGUUGUGUCACGCUUAGCUCUGAAAUCCACGAACACUCAGUUUAUUCUCCAGUACAUCCCAGCAGCACCACCAGCAGCACCAGCACCACCAGCAGCAGCACCAGCAGCAGCACCAGCACCACCAGCAGCAGCAGCAGCAGCACCACAGAGUGAUGCAACAACAUCAAACUGAUCUCAACAUUUUGAAGGAUUAUUCUACAAUACAGUGGUUUUCCUGCAUCCCACCUACUGUGAAAGAAACACCAUGACUCUGGAUAGUAUAUAAUGUAUAUGUUAUACCAGAAGGAGUGGUAAGCCCUAUACAGCCCUGCCACAGCUUUUUAGUUACCUAUAUCCACUGAGCUUUCCUCCACAGUAUGUGUAACUGCAGUAAGAAAUGCAUCACUGAACCACUUUUAUUUGCUUUUGCUUAUUGUGAUUCCUGUUGUCUCAUGUGACACUUUUAUUUACAUGCACUUAUAAAGGAACAUAGAAACCACUAUUCUCUAUAGUGAGGCAAUGUGUCCUUACUGUAUGUGUGUAGCAGCAGUAAACACACAUUAUUUGAAUGAAAGCCUCAAAGCGAACGGUCUGACAUACUGAUACUGAUCUAUCAAUGUGGUCACUAACUCCAUGAUGUUGUAUCACCUCAUCUAAAUGUAUAUUAACACACACACUGUACAGUUAUCAUAGUUAACACUGGUACAAAGUAUUAAAACUAAAAAUAACAUUAAUUAAAAGUACAUUUUCCUUAUGUUCCACAAUACCCUAACCUACAAGAAAUCUAACCAAGUUUCACCAAAUAAUAUUUAGCCUGUCAAUUAAUAUUUUGAUCUUAUACUGACUGUUGCACUUACUGUUAACCUUUAACUUUUAUCCCACCAACAUGUCUGAUCACUUCCUGUGUUACCUGCAUUAAUAUUAGUAUGUGCAGCAUUUGGGCAUAAUGUAAUGUGAAUCUAACUUAGCUGCAGACAUUUUACCGUGUGAUUAAUGAGCAGUUGUGAGCUCUGUGUUGCAGAACAGAACAGAACAGAACCUUCACUUGUGAUUGCUUUAAAAGUGUUACGGAGUAAUGAACUGAAAUGACGAUUGAAUGAGGAUGAUUAAAUUAUGUGGUGCCAUAGAUGUAAUGGAUAGUCUUUGGAAAAAAAACAACCAAUAAAGUGAUUUUUAAAAAAAUGAUGCUU